AUGAUAGGAGAUCCACAAACUCCUACCCCGGUUUCACAACCAAGACGAUCAGUCUCAUUUGCUGACUUCGAUGAGCAGUCCAACAUCAACUACAAGAAGUACACCUCCCCCACCAGGCCAAGAUACAUCAAGCCCAGGUUCAAUCCCAGAGAUGUUGAGAUCUUCAUCCUUGAAGCCAAAGCUUGGUUCAAGUUCAACCAGGUUUAUGAGCAGUCAAGGAUGAUCAAUCACAUGGGUGCUCAAUUGGAAGGGAAUGCACAUGAAUGGUGGACAUCAAAGCUUCACAAUGAUAGAGCUCGAGAAGGGAGACUGUUCAAUGACUGGCACUACUUCACAGAGCAUCUGUCAGAACAGUUCAAUCCCUGGAAUGCUAGGAUGGAGGCCUACAACAAACUGUUGGCUCUCCAACUCAUGAGUGAUGCACCUGGUGCUGCCACACAUCACGUUGAGCAAUUCAGAGACUUGGAGGGACAGGUCAAUCUAGAUGACAAUGAGCUAGUGAUUGAUCUAUUCUGA